UUUUAUAUAUUCGUCAGUAUAGUAGGAGGUGGAUAGUUUUUGACCGAUCCCGUGGGUAUAUUGUUUUUAAAUAUUCAAUGAAAGACGUUUGGAGAACGUCAAACUUUCUUUGCCACAGAGAGAAUGAGAGGACGGGGACAAGAAUGUACAGCAAGAACUUGCAGAACUCGGACAGAAGUGAAUUACUGGAUCUGAACACCUGAGUAGGUAAAGAAGCACAGCUGCACAAGCAAAGAAGAAACACUACUACCAUGAAUGCCCAAGACUUGUAUGACAAUGUGCUGCAGGGAAGAGAGUCCCAAGAGUGACACCACCAUUGAUGAGAAACCCGAGGACAACCUCUGGCUACAACUGGGCUUUACUGUGGACUCUGAGACAGGUAGAAGGCCGACCAUUGCAGAGCCUGCGCACCAAGACAGCCGGCUCCCCCCUCCCACUGGCAGGCCGGUGGGAGGGGGCAGUUUGGGUCAACACCACCUGGGCUGCAGUGUCCCUGGCCCAGUGGAGCGAAGGGGGGUGUCCCAUCAACCAGUACAGUGUUGUCUACAGACAAACCAGUGCUGUUACCUGGAUUGUGGUAUCCAAGAGGGUGGAGGGGGGCCGGCCAGUGUGAUAGGGGGCCUCACACCCUCCACCCAUUACCUGGUGCAGGUGACUGCUUACUCGUACAACUCUGCUAGGAGCUACUCCAGGGCUACUCCACCACCAUGCCCCUUCCUGGAGGCCCCUCCUCCCCUGGGUUAGUGAUGCCUGGGGUGGCCAUGACAGAUGUGAGGGUUCUGCUGCCCGUGGUUGCCUCCUCCCUGUCUGCUGGCCACUCUUGUCACCCGUUUGUGUUUGUGUCAGGAGGAAGUACGCAGACAACAUCUAUACAGCCUUCCAAAUGAACAACACACACCAACAACAUCAUCAACAACCACAACAACAACAACCAUCACAGCAACAACCAGUCACACCCACCACAACCACCACCAUCACCACCACCACCCACACCACCAACAGCAGCAAUAACCACAGCAGCAACCACAGCCAAAAACAGCAACAACAACAACAACAAAAAUUAGGCCAGACACAGUGACCUUGCUUACAACAACAACUACAAUAACAAUAACAACAACAACAACCCCACCACAACGCUUCCCACAGCCACUACCAGCCAUGUGCUUAUUAUUAUAGCAAAGACCUUCAUCUCCGGAUUAACAACAGGUCGGAGCUCACAGUCAUGUUUGUGGCUUUCUUCUGCUCCACCAGUAAGAGGGGAAGCUGUUUUUUUUCUCUACAUAUAUACAAGUUUGACUAAGCACUGUUACAAACUGCAGCUGUCUGUCUUCAGGUGGACCAUUACUGCCCCGACCCAACACUUGCAGCGCAGACCUUCAGACAGUACACGCACUUCCGCCAGUGAUGCUGUGUUGUAGAGAGAGGAAGAGAAGACAGAAGAGAGAGAAAGGAGAUAGGUGGUGGUGGUGGUGGUGGUAGUAGUAGUAGUAGUAGUAGUAGUAGUAGUAGUAGUAGUAGUAGUAGUAGUCAUUGUGUGGGCCCCUCUCUCUCUCUCUCUCUCUCUCUCUCUCUCUCUCUCUCUCUCUCUCUCUCUCUCUCUCUCUCUCUCUCUCUCUCUCUCUCUCUCUCUCUCUCUCUCAGCCCCACAGUAUGCUUACAAACCCACAGUCACCCCCCACAGCCAACCCCCACCCCUUUAUAUGUGUGUGUGUACUCUUCAAUAAAGGUAUAUGGUAA